AUGCAGUCCAAGCUCGACAACGUCGUCGCGCUGCUCCGGUCGGUGGCCGCCACCGACGGCCUCCUCAUCCAUGGCGUCGACCUGCGCCUCUGCAUCGAUGGCGUGCCGGACGCUGCCGCCUCGGACGUCGGCGCCAUCUUGGCCGUCUACCCCACCGGCGUGCUGCCCACGGACAAGUUCAAGUUCCGCUCCGACAUGUACUACGAGGCGUACGAGAAAGAGGACAUGCGCAGAGCCGUGAACGCUGCGCUCAAGCCGUCCGGUCCCUUCCACGUCGUGCUCUCGCACAUUGCGAUCGAGCGCGCCGACGUCACGCCACCGACGACGCCGCUGGCGCGUGCGGAGGGGUCGUUUGCCACGCUGCUGGUGGUCCACUCGUCCAGCGUGGCAGGGGGCGGCGACGUGGCCGCGACGCUCGACACCGUAACUACAACGAGCACGCUCGAGGCGACGAGCUACUUUGCCUACUACAACGACUGCACCGUUGCGAAGACGCCGAUCACGCGUGGCACACGCGUCAUGCUUGUCUUCGAUCUCGUCUACAACGACCCGACGCAAUUGCACCGGAGUCGCCCGAUGAGCCUCGCGGCGCAGUACGCCGAGCUGCAGGCGCUCAUGACGCCGACACGCCAAGCCCAUUCGCUCUAUGCCGUGCCGCUGUGCGACCACUACGACGACGACGAUGGCCUCGACUUUGACGAGCUCCCGGUCCGCGACAUGCAACUCAUCGAGCGUCUCUUGGCGGCCGACUGCGUCGACGUGGCGCUUGUAUUUGCCAAGGAGCCCGAGCCAGCGCCGGGUCGCCACCGCACCGAUAGCAACAACAACAACAACAGCGACUUUUCGGCCCACGACCGCGAUGCAAUCCUCAACCUCUUGGAGGGCCACGGGCUCCACGGCGCAGGGCUCUUCGGCGACGAACAUGACGACGAUGAGGACGACGAGAGCGACGGCGAGGACGAGGACGACGACGACGACGACAGCGAGGACGGUAACGACGACGACGACGACGACGCCAUCGCGGACGACGACAUGUCGAACGACGAUGACAUUGAUGACCCGAACGAUGACGGCGACGAGGACGAAGACGAUGAGGACGGCGACAGUGAAGACGACGACGAAGACCCCCUCGCGGCCAUGUACGACGAUGCCCGGCCCCAGCACAUCAUCGAGUACGUUUUUCCGCCAUCGUCGCCUACGCUUCCAAAAGUCUUUCACGACAUGCUCCUCCACAAGCCUGUAUUGCGUCGCCUCAAGCGCACGGCGCCGCUGGGCGUGUUCAUCUCGCCCAGCGCGCCGACGCCGCUGAUUGUGUUUUGGCCCGUCCACCACCGGCUCCGCUUGCUCGGCUUUCGCGCGGCCCUCGCGCAGCUCGGCGCGCUCGUGUCGGGCACUUCCAAGGACCUCUACGGCUACGCCUCGGUGCUGGCGUUCGCGAACGCCGUCGUCGACAUGGUCGGUCGCGCCGCGGACGUCGGGCUGCUCCACGACAACCGCAACAUGCCUGACGUCGUCGCGCUCGGUCGACUGCUCCUUCGCUUUGGCAACGUGCAACUUCUUCAAAACGUUGUCGGGCACGCGAUGGACCUCGUGGAUUUCACAUUUGCAGGCGACGCCCUCCGCGCGCUUAUCGUCGAUAUGAUCCAAAGCGUGGGCUGGGAGCCGUUGUAUUUGUCGCUGCAGAUGCUCUUGUCCAAGCCGUCGGCCGAGCUCAAGGACCUCGUCUCGGGCGCGGCGCUCAUCACGUCGCUGCUGCCGAUCGCACAGCCGUUCAUGUACGAGUGCAUCCAAGGCUGCUACUUUACGCUGCUCGCCCAGCUCGUCCAGCUCCAAGAAGAUGACUGCCUCGGCGACGACGAGGUCGAUCUGCUGGUGGACCUUCUUCGCAUCGAGACCCAUGUCGCAUCCGACUUGGUCACAUCCGACGGGGCCGGCGCCUUUCUCGGCGACCGCCUCCCCGUCGGGAUUCUUCAAACGAUCGCGUCGUUUGCCAAGCCCGUGGAGCUCUCCACGCUCGUGACAACGAUCCUUCCGACGACGUUUGAUCCGAUCGAUGCCAUUGCCGCGGCUGUCGUGCGCCUUCAAGACGAGCUGCCCGCAGCGGCGUUGCAGCCGUACUUGACGCUGGUGGAAACGACGGUCGCGUCGACGCUUGGCCGCAAAAAGUCCACCAACGAGCACGAUCCGAGCGCAUGGGCGUAUUGUUUGGCACUCCUCGUCGACACGGCGUCGUUUCCGUCGGCGCUGCAGCAAUUCGUGGACGUCGCCGCCCCCUCGAUCGUGCUCUCGACGCUCCAGAGCUUUCUCACGCACUCUUCCGUGCCUCCAUCGACCGCGACGGCGAUGGCCGAUAAUAUUGUGCGCGCCGUGGCCACGGUCUGUGAGCUACCAUUUGAUGCUACGCCGUACGACCCGGAAGCCCUGCACGACGCGAUCGUCGAUGCAUGGAACGCUCUCGAUAAGCUCGGGCACGGCAGUUCCCACGGCCCAGCGAUUGUGGACGCAGUACUUGCUUUCUGGGCCACGGUACCCCACGAGAAGCGCAUGACCGUGGCCAUGGACGUCGUGGCCAAGUGGUUUCUCAAGGCCACGUCCCGCGAUGUGAUGCGGCCCGUGGUCGUCGCCGUCGUGCCGGUGCUAGAUGGUUUUGUGGCCACGCUGCCACGCCCGCGUCCGCCGUCGUGGGCGCUCACGUCGUUCAACUUGCCCUGCGCGUGUGCGCAGUGCAGUUCGGUGCUCGCCUUUGCGAGAGACCCGAGCCAAGGCAUCUUCCAGAUCCCAGACGGCCACACGUGCCUUCAUUUCCACGGCCUUAUCGAGCGCCGCGACCCGUUUCAAGACAUUGAGGUCCGGUAUCCCAUGAACGGCGGCCUCGCGCUCUACAAGGACAAGGCGCAGGCCGUGCGCGACUACAAGGAAGCCCACGACGUGCUACAGGCCAUGCACGCGAUGCUGCCACCCACGACCAAUCGCCCGGCCAAGCGUCAACGCCGCAACCAGUAG